AUGACAGUCAAGGUAAGUGCGUUAAAUCGGUUGUCGUUGUCGGAACCUUGUUCGGGGUGGAACAUUAACAAUGGCAUGGAAAUCGGGGGCGGAGUAGAUCAUUACGAAGGUGACCUGGGAUUGGUGAUGAAGAUCCUCAAAGCGUGGAUAAGACCCACUCAGAUAAAUUAUCUCUCAAAAUCUCAUCCUCUCAGUUAUUUGGAGGUUGCAAUGUCGCUAAAUGCGCUGGUGAGGCUUCCUCUGUCGAGUACUUCGAGAACCCAACACGAACCGGUCGAUGGGUUAGUGAAACACUCGCUGUUCAGUUCGAAAACGGCGCCCUUGCGGCUGCCGCCGCCGCAGCAGAGCCGGAGACAGUUACAUGGAGGAGGGAAGUUGGUGGUCGAAGCUAAAGGGAAGAAAGGAAUGGCGGCGCGUCAGUUCCAAAGGGCACCUCCUCCUCCUUUGCCUAAGAUUGAAGACGAUGGCAACCCUCGCUUUGUUAUCUUCAUACGCAUGGCCAAUGUUAAUCUUUGGUACCCGCUUAGUAUUAUAACUGGUGGCACCACCGCAAAGAUCAUGGUUGCUGCAAAGGACAAUUUCCUGGGAAAAUACAUCUACAAGGAUACGCUUGCCAGAAAUCUCGCAGCAGUUAUUUACAGAGAUGAGAAGGAGAUACAAAAGACAGCAUUUAAACAAUUCCGAGUAUUGCAAUCUGCCACUGAGUUCAGAUAUGGUUACAAACUUGUUGAAAAUGGUAAUAUCAAAGCUGCAGUUGCUACCAAUGAUGUUAUCGAGCUUCCAACACAAGACCAGCUUAAAACAGUGGUUGAUAAAGUGAAAGACUUCUUUGGUGAUGCAAAAGAGUCGUUCGGGAAGAUAACAUCACUAAAUUCUGCCGAUUCUGAGUCGGAGGAAAAAUCCACAGAAAAGUCCUAGGUUGAAGGUUGAGGAAAGACUAGCCAUGGGAACUGGAUUUGGAUGCUGCAUGUGUUCAGGCAAAAAGUAAUAAUUAACACAAAAUUUCGGCUGCAAAGUUUUGUUCAUCAUUUAUAUAUGUUUCGUUGUGCACAAUUCUUAACUUCAGAAGUUCCGAACAGUUUAUUCAUGCACAUAUUUAA